UUUCCAUUUCUAUCACAUUUCUCUCUCUUAGGGUUCGGGCAUUACCUCGUUGAAGGACCACAGUUUAGCAGAAAGCAAGAGCAAGCAUUAAUGGCGGAACGGCAGGAAGUGACUAACGGCGCCGCUGUAGAGAAGACUGUCGGUUUCAAAGCGCUGAAGCCUCAGCUGCUUGUGGAGGCUCCUAAGGCAGCAGACGCCAUCCAGUUCUACAAGGCCGCGUUUGGUGCUGUGGAGAUUGGUCGUUCACUGUACCCGAAGCGCAAGGCUGAAGAGGAGCUCCCUCACAUCCUCACGGCUCAGCUUGAAAUCGGUGGUUCCAUCAUCCUUGUCUCCGAUAUCUCCAGUGAUUCAGCUGCUCCAGUAAAGACCGAGGCGUCAGGGCCGGUGCUGUGCCUGGAGACCGAGGACGUGGAGGGUGCUGUUGAGAAGGCUGUGAGCGUCGGAGCUGCCAAAGAUGGUGAGAUUACGGAGGAGGAGGGCGCGUGCUGUGGACGCGUGGGCAAGUUGAAGGAUCCUUUUGGCUUCACCUGGUGUAUCUCUUCCCCGGCGAAGAAAUGCGCAGACGUGGAAGCUUAGAGGCUGUCCGAUCUGUUUGGGAUCUUUUAAUCUUGCUUUUUAUAAAAAAAAAAAAUGUCUUUGAUCUUGGUGGGACCCGUAUCAGAUAAAGAUUUUCUAGCGUGGUAGGAGUAGGUGACGAAAUAGGGUUAGGCAGUGAGCAAUUUGAUAUUUCACGCAUGAUGGUAGUAUGGUAAUUUUGAGAAAAACCUUGUGGAACUCUCUUUACCUCUAACAGCUGGCAGGUUACUAGACUUGAUUCCUACUAUUUUUAAUUUUCUAAGAAAAAAAUUUGAACAGUAUUCUGCUCA